AUAUAAAAGCAUUGAUUUUGACAUCUGUAGUGAACCUACAUCGACACUGGCGCCAACGGGUGAUCACAAAAACCGUGGUCCUCUCCGUAAAUCAUCGAUUUCUUCCUCGGUCAAAUGUCACGCUGUAGAUGUGAAGUGUCACUGUCAAUUCGGUGUUAGCGGCUCUAGAUGCAUUAUAGUGUUAUAUUUACAUUUUAAAAUAUACAUUUGAACUCUGAGUCUUUUAUGCCUUUAUGGUGUGAUUUGUGGCUGUCGUAUGGGGAAUGGAUUUGGAAAUUUGCAGAAUUUGGUUUGUAAGCAGCCAGUGCAAUAUCUAAAUUGUGUGCGAUCAUUACACGAAACUGGCAGAAAAUGACAUAGAUCAAUAAUAUUGAAGAUAUAUAAAAACAGACUGUGUGAAUAAAGUUAUAAUAAUGGCUUCGGUUGUUGAAGAAAUAUGUAAUUUACAAAUACACUUAAUUGACGCUGGGUGGGCUGAAGCUAUCUAUGAAGCAGAUUUUCUUGAGUUUGGUGAUUUACCAACAGAAUUUGAAAACAAUCUUGAAAAUUUUGACUUGCAAGAGAAUUUCUUAGCCACAAUAAAGUCUAUUGAUCGUUGGCUAAGACCAGGAGUGGAAACUGACGAAGAGAGGUCUUGGAUAACAUUGUCACAGUUAAUUCCAUACAAAAAAUUAGUAGCUUUGUUAGCAUAUUACAUCAAUUAUGGAUGUAAAAAUGUUCAAAACUCUGAUCUUAUGACUUAUGCGCUGCUGGCGUCACGCGUUUACUAUAAAUUGUUGUCAAUUCCUGGGUACAAAGGAUACCACAUUUACCACUCACAACUAUUUGCUAACUCUCUGGCAUGUCUUGGCCUUCCGAGAGUAAUGAGUGAGCAGGAAAGUUUUUUCAAUGCCAGAGAACUAACUAGAGAAGUUAACGCAGUGAUUAAAGAAUUACGCUUUUUUGUUGUUGACCUGCGAACUACAGUGCAAAUCCUAAAGCUUACACCAAAUGAUUUGAAUUUCGAGGAUAUUUUAUCUAGUUUGGUUGAAGUCACUGGUGGAGGGGUUGCCAACAGGUUGAAUGUCGAUAAAAUCGACUUAGGGUACAUAACGGGUGUUGUUUAUACAAUAAUAGAUAUUCUAAUAUGCGAUCCCUAUGGUCGGCCUAACGCAAGAGCUAUCCAAUUUCUUUUCAAAUGUCUUCUGCCGAAGCUUAUCGUUACAUCUACAGAUCAUCGGCAAAGUGUUGUGCAGGCAUCAUAUGUGACUUAUUCUGGCGUGCUAGUCAGCAAGUUUGGAAAGGCGGCAUUGGAGAGUUAUUUAAUUCUUUUGGAGCAUCUUUGUUUCAGCAUAGAUCAUUUGGAACGUGCUGAAAUUCGGCAAAGCCGUGUAUCACUUGUGGUUGGUCUGAUGAGUCUUCUACCCUCCAAGGCUUAUGGCAAGUUUGUUAACUGGCUAAUACACCUGUCGGCCAGUGCUAAAAUACUACAUCGUCAUAUUGCCAUCGAAUUGCUGUGUAAAUUAUUGCAAAACGCACCCCAGGAGCCGGAUAAUGGAGAAGCUGAAAAUGAAGUAAAUGAUGAGCGCGCUGAACCACAAGCAGGCACUAGCAGCCAGACUGAUCUUCAACCACAACCAGGCACCAGUCAGCAGCCUGACUUUCAACCACAACCAGGCACCAGCCAGCAGCCUGACUUCCAACCACAACCAGGCACCAGCCGACAGCCUAAUCAUGAACCACAACCAGGCACCAGCCUGCAAACAGAUUUUCAACCACAACCAAGCACCAGCCGGCAGCCUGACCUCGAACCACAACCAAGCACCAGCUGGGCGCCUGACUUUGAACCACAACCAGGCACCAGCCGGCAACAAAACUUUGUUCCACAACCAAGCACCAGCCGGCAGCCUGACCUCGAACCACAACCAAGCACGAGCUGGGCACCUGACUUUGAACCACAACCAGGCACCAGCCGGCAACAAAACUUUGUUCCACAACCAAGCACCAGCCGGCAGCCUGACCUCGAACCACAACCAAGCACGAGCUGGGCGCCUGACUUUGAACCACAACCAGGCACCAGCCGGCAACAAAACUUUGUUCCACAACCAAGCACCAGCCGGCAGCCUGACCUCGAACCACAACCAAGCACGAGCUGGGCGCCUGACUUUGAACCACAACCAGGCACCAGCCGGCAACAAAACUUUGUUCCACAACCAAGCACCAGCCGGCAGCCUAACCUCGAACCACAACCAAGCACCAGCUGGGCGCUUGACUUUGAACCACAACCAGGCACCAGCCGGCAACAAAACUUUGUUCCACAACCAAGCACCAGCCGGCAGCCUAACCUCGAACCAGAACCAAGCACCAGCUGGGCGCUUGACUUUGAACCACAACCAGGCACCAGCCGGCAACCAGAUUUGCUGCCACAACCAAGCACCAGCCGGCAGCCUAACCUCGAACCACAAACAAGCACCAGCUUUGCCUUUGACUUUGAACCACAACCAGGUACCAGCCGGCAACCUGAUAUUGUGCCUCAACCAGGCACUAGCAGGCAGCCUGACUUUCAACCACAAGCAGGCACUAGCCAGCAACCCGAAACGGGGCCACAACCAGAAACCAGUUUGAGACCUUAUAUUCAACCGCCUCCCAGCUCUCACCUUGUACUGGAACGACCUUACACAGUGACCAUGGACGAUGAUAGUAGUCAAGAUAGUCAAAUCCCGGCUGAGAUUGAACUAGGGAGAGAAGAGGAGAUAGUAGAUCUACUGCGUCAGCGUCGCCAUACAGUCCCACACGCUCAGAUACUGCGCGCCAUGUACGACCGCGCAGAGGACGUGUCGGGCACAAUACGUACGCGGGCACUGGCUAUACUUACGGAGUGUCUUGAAAACCACAGCCCACACAUGAUCAAAGCUGUAAAGGAGUUGCGCGGGCCGGGCCCGGUGUCGGCGCUGCUGGUGGCGGGCGCGCGCGGCGUGGGCGACGAGCGCGCGGCCGUGCGGCGAGCCGGCGCCGGCUAUCUGCAGCGACUGCUGGCGCACCCCGCCUCGCCGCCGCCCUGCUGCACCGACCUCACCCUCUUGGCAAAGCUGUGUCGGGACGCAAGCAUUAUAGUCCGAACAGCUGCUAUUACAGCUAUGAACGACCUUGUAGUGGCAAAAUCAAGCGACAUUGUGGUCGACAUGUUUCUGAAGGCCUGCAUGCCUCAACUUUCCGAUCCUGAAACCAAGGUCCAACAUCAAGUUGCGUUGAUCAUGCAGCACCUGAUAAUGGAUCGCUUAAAGAAAUUCGAUGGCCCUGGAAAGGAAGAUCCACUGCCUUGGACUAUCCUCGCGGGCGUAGCUCGGAACAACAUGAGGCGGCACCUGCAGAAGGCCUGCACAUUAAUCAAAAAUGUUAAUAAUGGCUUCAAUUACCGUACAGUGGAUACGCUGAGCACGCAUUUGGGAACUUUGGACGACCAACGAGACCUCCAGUGUCUGGUUUUACUGUCUUGCGUAGCUCGGUACAUCGAGUACUCAAAUAUAGCUUUCGUACUCGACUAUUAUUAUGGACUGGCUGAGAAUGAAGAGGGCCGUGAAGCUCGCCUGAUGCCUUUAAUCCUGGAGGUGAUCUCCGUGUGGUCGCCAUACCUGCUGCCGCUGGAGCGCUCCACGCUACGGAAUCAUCUCGUACGCCGGCUCGCAAAUGCAAAGAACGACGGAUGUCGAAUAAUGUGCGCGUCGCUAGCAACGCAAUUAGACUCCAGUAACGUUCUCUGGGCUGCAGAACUGAUGCAAUUGUCGGAACGUCGUGCAGUGACUACGUUGGACUUGGAGGAAGCGAUCCGCGCCGCCGACCUGUCCCUGUUGGCCCCCAUGCCGCCUUCGAACGCACUGCUCGACAUGUUCCUUACAAUGCUAGCUGAACCACCCGCUGGGUGGGACGAGCAGAAGCUGGGCAGCGCGGUGGCGGGCGCGGGGCGGCUGUGCCUGCGCUCGCGCGCGGCGGCGGCGCGCGUGGCGCCGGCGCUGGGCGCGCUGCUGGGGCGCGCCGCCGCCGCGCUGCCCGCGCGCGUCAACGCCGUGCUCGCGCUCGCCGACAUCUGCACACGAUACACGUGCAUAGUGGACCCUCUGCUAGAAUCGGUGUGCCGCUGCCUCUCAACGAACACACCGUCGCUACUGCGCAUAACAGCCGCACGCACAAUGACACGGCUUUUACUCGGCGGAUUUCUUCGACUACGCACCCCGCUAUACUACAGGUACUGCGCGCUACUGGCCGACGCAGAUCACGACGUGCGCGAGCCGGCUGAGUACUACGUCACCAGCUGUCUCACCACAGAUGCCAUAUAUCACCACUUUGUUGACUGUGUUGUACAUUAUAACACCGAACAUCCAGACUAUAAAAUAGAACACGACGCCCGCCAACAGAUCUACGACGUGAUGCUACAAAGGAUGUCUUUAGUACAGAAGUUGAACCUUCAAUGUCGGCUGGCCCGCGAUAUCAUAGAACAGGCGGCCGAAAUGAAUGACGAGGGCUACGAAGAGCUGCCAACAUCCAUGGAUUCCGCUUUACUGGAUACUAUCACAAUGCUCAUUGGACCAAGGAUGAAACUGCCAAAAAAACCCCAACCCAAUGCUGACGGUGCUGAUAUCGAAGAGCUACAAGAACGUGUGAAAAAUAACAUCGUCUCUCAUAAAAUGAAGCGCACUGUAGCAGAGAUCUUAGUGCCAGCAGUGUUGAAACUGUAUUCACGUAUGAAUGACCGCGGCGGUCAAACCGGCAUUUAUAUUGUGCGGCUCGCUAACGAACUCCUCGUUGAAUAUCAGCAAGAGAUUGAAGAGUCUAUCGAAAACGACGAAGAACUGAUAAAGCGGGUCCGCGACUACCAGAGGAAUAUUGGUUUGGAACCAACGUUCGGUAACGUACGCAACCUGGUGACGUCAUCGGCGCCGCCGGACCCCGAGACCCCGCACGGGCCGCGCCGCCGCCCGCGCCCCGCGCACAGCGCCACGCCCCGCAAGCGCGCGCUAAGGAUAUAAACACGCUGUAGUACUCACUACUUUACUGACCGGUUCACUAAACCGCGGAUAAUUUUGAAUUUUAGGAUGUGUGUGUGUCUAGUGUUGGGUAGCCCAGCAUAUAAAUUUUCUUUUCUCUACAUCUCCCGUCCUGUUGUUCAAAUACUUGGUGAUAUGAGGCGACUAACACUUGUGCUCAGCUGAUUUGUUGGCUAAUACACAACUCAAGAUAAUAACUACGUUGGUUGUUUGGUACAUAUCAAUUAUAUCUAGUUUCUGACAUUUUGUAUUCGCUGUGCAUUCCUGUUGUCGCAUGACUUAUCAAUAUCAAUAUGUCAAGUUUCGCCACUAAUAAUUGAGCUACAGAAUUCACGGCAUUAUAAAUAUUUAAGGUUAAUUUUAAUUACUUUUAGCCGGUACAUAUUUAUGUGUCUUUACGCUAGAACAGCUUAUCAGACAGGCAGCUGAAGCUAGGUUGGUAGGUGUAACAGUUGCCGAAUCUCAUUGUCAUGUACUAUGUGGAUAUCGGGCAACGCCCAGUUCUUGCAAGAACAAGACUUCCGACUUUAUAUGUAGGCAAGAUAUUAAAAAUCUAGGAUGAAAUGAAAAUACACGAUAUCCAGAUUAGCCAAAGAGAAAUGUGCAAUAGUACCACACGGCUUGAUUAAUCAAAUCAUGUGAGAGAAAAUUAAAAGGCUAUAGCUUAAGGAAAAUUAUAAGUAUUACCAUUGGGUAUUGCAGUAAGUUAAGUAUAAGAAAUAAGGUUUAAAAGUAGGUUACAUAAAUGGUGUAAUGAGUAAUCAUAAAAUCUACUUUAUAUGUAAUCAAUACCGAGACUUACAUCCUGGAGUGAUUAGUGCAUCAAUGCACAGAAAGCAGGGAUAGUUAUAGGGAAAUAUGAAUAGAUCUAAUAUAAUAUAUUGGAAAAAAUAUGUAAUAUUUCUAAAUAAUCAUGAAUCAUGAUAUUAUAUGCAUGUCUUUUCAUUGCAUAUACUUAUAUAUCUUAAAGCACAGGUUUGCAAUUAUUUCUUAAACCUGCUGGAUACAAUAUGACAGGCUAUACAAUAAGCCUUUAAUAAUAAGGGUAGCACGCCACUGAUUCGAUUCUCGAAUAAUUUGUAAGACGCGAACACGUCCUUUGAGCGUAUACUGUCGAAUAUUCUGUAAUAGUAUUGUUAGUGAAUAUAAUCUACCAUUUAAUAAAUGUGUAAUCUGUCUAGCAUUUCGAUGUACAAUUUUAUUUUGUUAAAUCUUAUAUUAAUAUAUAAAAAAUACUGUUAAUAACAGAUUAUACUUCAUAAAUUUUGAAAAAGUUAUAUAAAACAUAGCAUUCGCUUAGUUUAGUAUUAGAAAUGAUAAUCUAUAGCAAGUUUCAUAUCAAGCAUGUAAAACGAAACAUUUAGAAUUAAAUUCGAAUAUAUUGAA